UUUGCAUACUUGAUCGCAGAACUAGACCGUAGACUCCAAGAAUGUUUGGUCUUAAUCACAAUGUCGGACUUACACUCUUGAUGACGACAAUCUAUUCCGUUGCGGAUAGUGUUUGGAACGGUACUGUUUUAGUGACGUAUCUAUACGAUGUCUCCGGUAACAGCAAUGCAGCUGUUGGAUAUGUGGAGGCUUUGUCAGGAAUGGCUAUGCUGUUCUCUGCCUUUCCAGUGGGCUACUUUGCAGACAAGGUCUCGAGAAGCCUCGCCAUAUCAUUUGGAGGCGUGGUGAAUGCUGUGGCGAUGGCUCUAACCGCAAUAUCGGUGACAGAUGCGCUACACGUGGAUGAGAGAACAAAUUUUUAUAUUCUGGCUCUGGGGAUGAUUGUAUAUGGCAUUGGUGGUGGCGUCAUUCAGGGACCAGUACAGGCUCUAUACGCAGAUUCGAUAGCCACGGGCGAGCGCACGAGGUGGUACACAAUACUCUUUGUAUGCAUGACGCUUUCUUCUGUUCUAGGACCGCUCGUGUCGAUCGCUGCGUUUCUGGUGUACGGAAACACAUGGAAGACAAGCCAACUCGUGUACGUUAUACUGGUGGGUCUGGCCAUGGAAAUCCCCGCCGUAGUCUGCUUGUUCCUCUUUAAGAACUCGGAAGCUUUGGGUGAAGAAGCUGCUAGUCAUACCGAGCAUGUGAAGCAGUCCGCUGAGAACAAAGAAAUGGAUGGCAAAGAAUCUGACGUUUGGGUUAAACCACAUAUGGUACCAUAUAUUCUCUUCGCGAAUGAGUUAGUGUCUUCGCUAGCCUCUGGAGUUACUAUCAAGUUCUUCCCGUUGUACUUCAAGGAGAACCGACACAUGUCUCCUAUUCAGGUGCAAGUGAUAUUUGCUCUCGCGCCCUUGAGCAUCGCACUUUGCUCGUGGGGCAUCGAAAAAGUCGCGAAAUCUAGAUUGGGACGUAUCAUGUCCAUGGUCGUGGCCAAUAUUGUGGGUGUCGUUUGCCUAGUGUUGAUGAUUGUACUGGAGCAGCACUUCCACAAUGUCGUGAUCUGUGCUCUGUACAUCGUCAGAACUGGCCUGAUGAAUUGCACUUACCCGAUACAAGAAUCUGUAUUAAUGGAUUACGUGCCUGUAUCUCAACGCGGGCGCUGGAAAUCGUUACAAAGCAUUUGCGCCGUCGGAUGGUGUGGGAGUGCUAUGGUGGGAGGUAUGCUGGCGGAUAAACAUGGCUAUGGGUUCAGCUUUCUAUUCACAGCUGCGUUUCAGUUGCUGGCUGUGGUGUUGUACAUUCCCUUACUCACCGUUGUCGGACACGAAAGGCGUCUAGUCGAAGAAGUUAACGAAUAUGACAGCAGGAACGCAGACAACGAACCCUUACUCUCAACAAGAGUUAUAGACGAGUAAGCAGCAUCAUUUACAUGCAUAUGUAUAUAUAAAGAGGUGUAGCUGUGGAUGCCCGCCCUUAUGGUGAUCGACUAGAUCUGACCCUCAGCAAAAACUAAACAGCAAUAAAUAUUAGUAAUUUUUCCAGUACCGG